GUGAAUAAGAACAUUAACGUAAUUAAGUAAUGCUAAAAGUAUUGCCCAUCGUUGGUGCAUUCAAAAGCAGCAACAUCAAAACUUUGCACAUUUUACGAACGCUGUCGCUGGUUAAAAAUCAACAGCAGUUUAUACAAUCGCAGCAACAACAACAGCAGCAGGGCAGCAGUCGGUGCUACGCAACUUUGGCUGCCAAGAUGAAGAAGGAAAAGAAACCCGCUGGAGCCGGCGGCGGCGAUACUCGCAAAGAGCUCAAUCCCAGGCCACAAUAUAUCGAGGAGCGUAAUGUGCUGUGGGAGAAAUGCAAGGCGGAAUAUCUGGCCGAAAUAGCUGCUAAGCCACGCACAGCCAUCAAGGUGACCCUGCCCGAUGGCAAACAGGUGGAUGCCACCGCCUGGGAGACGACACCCUUCGAUGUGGCAAGUGGAAUUAGCAAGGGUCUGGCCGACAACACUGUCAUCUCCAAGGUGAACGGCGAGGUUUGGGAUUUGGAUCGUGUGCUGGAGGCGGAUUGCUCGCUGCAACUGCUUAAGUUUGAUGAUCCGGAUGCACAGGCGGUUUUCUGGCACAGCUCGGCUCAUAUUAUGGGAGAGGCCAUGGAACGCAUCUAUGGCGGACAUCUGUGCUAUGGUCCGCCCAUCGAGAGUGGCUUCUAUUACGACAUGUAUCUGGAUGGCGAGGGCAUCUCGACGAAUGAUUAUGGCGCCAUGGAGACGCUGGUCAAGCAGAUUGUCAAGGAGAAGCCAUUUGAGCGACUGGAGAUGAAGAAAGCGGAUUUGCUGGAGAUGUUCAAGUAUAAUGAGUUCAAGGUGCGCAUACUCAACGAGAAGGUGACCACAGAUCGCACCACAGUCUACAAGUGCGGAUCACUGAUAGAUUUGUGUCGUGGACCGCAUGUGCGUCAUACGGGCAAGGUGAAGGCCUUGAAGAUCACCAAGAAUUCAUCGACCUAUUGGGAGGGCAAAGCGGAUGCGGAGUCGCUGCAACGUGUCUAUGGCAUCUCAUUCCCCGAUCCCAAGCAACUUAAGGAGUGGGAGAAACUGCAGGAAGAGGCAGCAAAGCGGGAUCAUCGCAAGAUUGGCCGCGAACAGGAGCUCUUCUUUUUCCAUGAACUUUCGCCCGGUUCGUGCUUCUUUCAGCCACGCGGCGCUCACAUCUAUAACACGCUGAUGAACUUGAUUCGCGGUGAAUAUCGCAAGCGUGGCUUUCAGGAGGUCAUCUCGCCCAACAUUUACAAUGCCAAACUGUGGAUGACAUCCGGUCAUUGGCAGCACUAUGCGGACAAUAUGUUCUCCUUCGAGGCGGAAAAGGAGAAAUUCGCCCUGAAGCCCAUGAAUUGUCCGGGUCAUUGUUUGAUCUUCGAUAAUCGCAAUCGAUCGUGGCGCGAGUUGCCCCUUCGCAUGGCCGACUUUGGUGUGCUGCAUCGUAAUGAGCUAUCGGGUGCAUUGACGGGAUUGACACGCGUCCGUCGCUUCCAACAGGAUGAUGCCCACAUCUUCUGUGCACCCGAGCAAAUCAAGAGCGAAAUGAAGGGUUGCCUGGACUUCUUGCGACAUGUCUACACCAUCUUUGGCUUCUCAUUCCAGCUGGUGUUGUCCACCCGGCCCGAACAGUAUUUGGGUGAGCUGGAACAGUGGGAUGCGGCGGAGAAGGCGUUGGCCGAAUCACUCGAUGAGUUCGGCAUGCCCUGGAAGGAAAAUCACGGGGAUGGCGCUUUCUAUGGCCCCAAAAUUGAUAUUACUAUUAUGGAUGCACUGAAGCGUCCAUUCCAAUGUGCUACGAUACAGUUGGAUUUCCAGCUGCCGAUACGCUUCAAUCUCAACUAUAUUGCCGACGAUGGUGAAAAGAAGCGUCCGGUUAUCAUACAUCGAGCCAUCCUUGGCUCCGUGGAGCGUAUGAUUGCCAUACUCACGGAGAACUAUGCCGGCAAAUGGCCAUUCUGGCUGUCACCGCGCCAGGUGAUGGUCGUUCCCGUCGGCCCCGCCUACGAUGAGUACGCGAAGUCUGUGCGAGAUCAGCUCUAUGCUGCUGGCUUCAUGAGCGAAUCCGAUUGCGAUGCUGGUGAUACGAUGAACAAGAAGAUCCGAAAUGCUCAGCUCGCUCAAUUCAAUUUCAUUUUGGUGGUGGGCGACAAGGAGCGAUCCUCGAAUACGGUCAACGUGCGCACCAGGGACAACAAGGUGCACGGCGAAGUAUCCGUUGCGGAACUGAUCAGCAAACUGCAAAAGAUACGCGACGAGUUCAUCACAAACGAGGAUAGCUUCUAAGUUGAUCCUCCAAUUCAACACUCAUCACUCAAACUUGUACCCUCUAUUUAUGUAUCCGACUUAUUAAUAGCUUUGCCAAGCAAAACGACCGCAUUUUUUCAGUUGUAUUUACGCUUAGAUUCUUGAAAUACUUAAAUAAACAUAUAUAGCCAAUGUUUUUGAGCAUCGCGGCUCUACAAAUAAUGAUCGCUAUAUAAUUCAUCCGGA